AUGGAGUCUCUACUGCCGUGCUAUGCCCAUUGGAAGGGCCAGGUGCUGACAUCCCAGGAACUGCAUGAGCUGUAUGAAGGUCUCAAGACAAAUAGUGUCACUAAGUAUGACUACGUGCUCACCGUGUGUGACCCUGUGAUGGGAGACAAGAGGAACGGGGAAGGCUCCAUGUAUGUUCCCCAGGAUCUCCUUCCCGAGUACAGGAACAGAGUGGUACCCGAGGCUGACAUCAUCACUCCCAACCAGUUUGAGGCAGAGUUGCUGAGUGGCAGAAAAAUCCACAGCCAGGAAGAAGCACUUGAGGAAAGGAGAGUGAUGGACUUGCUGCACUGUAUGGGUCCUGACACUGUGGUCAUCACCAGCUCUGACCUGCCCUCCCCACAGGGCAGCGACUACCUGAUCACGCUGGGCAGCCAGAGGAUGCGGAAGACUGACGGCUCCACGGUGACCCAGUGCAUCCGGAUGGAGAUGUACAAGGUGGAUGCUGUCUUUGUGGGCACAGGGGACCUCUUCACUGCCAUGCUUCUGGCAUGGACACACAAGCACCCGGACAAUCUCAAGGUGGCCUGUGAGAAAACAGUGUCUGCCAUGCAGCAUGUCCUGCAGCGGAACAGCCGGUGUGUGAAAGCAGAUGCAGGAGAAGGACAGAAGCCUAGCCCGGCUCAGCUAGAGCUGAGGAUGGUCCAGAGCAAAAGGGACAUCGAGGACCCCGAGAUCGUCGUGCAGGCCACAGUGCUGUGAGGACCACACACACUCGCCCUG